AACCCUGCUGGUGUUCUGGUACUCACCUGCUCUCCGGACCCUGAUCAUCAUUGAAGGGGUGGUCCCAACUCCCAGCAUUGGCAGACAGGGAGGGGAAGAACAAACCCCCCCCCCAACCCGGUUUUCUGCCCUGGUGAGAGUCCAAACCCUUCCAUUUGUUCCCUUGUGGACAACACUCGUUUCACUCUUGACACCUUGGCUCCGAGCUGAUUUUCCUACCUGGGACCCCCAGAGCCCCCAGCCCCUCUGGGACCUGUCCAUCCAGGUAGGCGAGAUGGCCUGGCCAGGAGAGGCGGGGGCUUCCCAGAGCCUAGAAGGAGCGCCCAAGGGGCCUCCUGCCAACCUGGCCUUUGUCCUUCCCAGAAAGGGGUUCAAGACCCAGGGUAGGAUUUCCAUGCCUGUUCUGUUCUGCCUAAUCCUAACCGGUUGAACCUGUCCCCUUCGGUGGCCCAGGUGGGAUCUCAGAAGUCAUUUGAUCCUGACCAUCCACCCACCCCUGUUUGGCAAGAGGGUAUAAAAGCAGAGCAAGGGCACCCCUGGGCAGAUGCCGCUGGGCACCAUGGUGGCUGUCGGGCUGUGGUUCUUGGUGGCAGCACUGGCAGGAACUGGUGCUGCCGUGGAAAGCUGGCCUGCCAUUGGGGUGUCCAAUGGGGGGCCCUGGGGCCCGUGGGCCUGGCAGGAGAUGUGCCCCCGAGGGACCUAUGCCACAGGAUUCAGCCUCAAGGUGGAGCCUUAUCAAGGGCAGGCAAAAGACGACACGGCCCUGAAUGGCCUCCGGCUGCAUUGCACACGUGGCGGCCACGAUGGGAAAUCUGAGGCCAAAACAGUGGAGUCCCAGAGCAACGUAUGGGGCCGCUGGACCAAACCCCUCUGGUGCCCCACGGGCGGCUACCUGACUGGCUUCUCUCUGCGGGUGGAGCGUGUCCGGCGUGGCAUCAGCGACUACAUGGGUGCCACCAACAUCCGCUUUGUCUGCUCAGACGGGAAGGUCCUGGAGGGGGAAGGGCUGCCCUGGGGGGAGUUUGGAGCCUGGAGCCCCUCGUGCCUCAAGGGCCUGUGUGGGAUCCAGACCAAGCAGGAGGCCAUCCGGGGAGUCCUGAUGGAUGACUCUGCUCUCAACGACAUCCGGUUCCUCUGCUGCACCCAGUGACCUGACGGAGGCCUUGGCCGGAAGCCCGGCAGGGGGUCCCACCACCCUGCUUUUCCCAGGAUCCUCAUCUCAAGUCUUCUGCCAAGACCUUCGGAGCGGAUAGAGCUUGCAACAGAGAGCGGCGUUUAUUGUGGGGGCUUCCAAUAAAUCUGCAAGAUUGCAUCCCUGCUGGCCGA